AUGCUUUCCGUACGGCUACGCCAUCCCUUCACCCCUACGCCAUCCCUCCAAAUUUACCCAAGUUUCCGCUGCUGCAUGUUGCCUCCUGCAUCUCAUCACUCUGGGGCGCUUCACAGAGUUGGCGGUUUCGUGUGGCUACUCCCACACGCCACCACCACGGCCAUACUUUCCAUAUUCACCAUACCGGCAUACCCUCACGGCUCAUCCCAAAAUCCCCAGCUGCGGCGUCACCCAGCGGUGCCUUCCGUCCUUGCAGUAGGAACCCAUGCCUUCCAUUCGCGAUCGUACCCCAGAAUCCUCAAUUGCAUCCCACCCAUGAAUCGUCAGUUCUCGCCUUGCUCCACUCGAUUAGGGGCCUGCCGUUUUGGACUCUCGCUGCAGAGCACGACGGUGGCAAUGAAUAUUCUGAUGAUAUUAUUUAUAUGCCGUGGGGUGGGACAACCGGUGCCGGUGAUGGAGCAGCAGGAGGCCGAUGUGGGAGUUGGUGGAAGCACCAAUGUUCAAGUUGGAAGAAGAAAGAAGCUCGACGACAGCCGAGGAGGGGCAAAAGACCAGAAAGCAAAAAUAAAAGCCAGUGAGAGGUGGUAG